AUGGCGGCAUCUACCAGAAUAGAGACGGAUGCCUUUGGGCCCAUCGAGGUCGAGUCGGAUAAAUACUGGGGUGCGCAGACACAAAGGUCGUUGGGGAACUUCAAGAUCAACCAGCCUCAAGACCGGAUGCCUGAGGGAGUGGUGCGAGCCUUUGGGAUUCUCAAGGGAGCCGCCGCAGAAGUCAAUGUGCGAUUUGGCCUCGGCAUAGAUCCUAAGAUCGGAGAGGCUAUCAAGCAGGCCGCGGCCGAAGUGGCAUCUCUCAAACUCAUCGAUCAUUUCCCUCUCGUCGUCUGGCAAACUGGUUCGGGCACACAGUCCAAUAUGAAUGCAAAUGAAGUCAUCUCCAACCGUGCCAUCGAGAUCUUGGGCGGCCAGCUGGGUAGCAAGAAACCGGUCCAUCCCAAUGACCAUGUCAACAUGUCCGCCAGCUCCAACGACUCCUUCCCCACUGUCAUGCACAUUGCCGCCGUCCUGGAUUUCGAGGAGAGGCUGAUUCCGGCUCUGACCAACCUGAGAGACGCCCUCCAGAAGAAAGUCGAAGAUUUCAACCACAUCAUCAAGAUUGGCAGGACUCACUUACAGGAUGCCACACCAUUGACCCUUGGUCAAGAAUUCAGCGGUUACGUCGCCCAGCUCGAUCGAAAUCUCGAGCGGAUCACGGCGACGCUCCCACAUUUACGGCAGCUGGCUCAAGGUGGUACUGCUGUUGGGACAGGUCUAAAUACAUACCAGGGCUUUGCCGAGGGUAUUGCUGAAGAGGUCACCAAGUUAACCGGCACCAAAUUUGUGACGGCCCCCAACAAAUUCGAGGUGUUGGCUGCUCACGACAGCAUUGUGGAAGCUUCCGGAUCCUUGAACACUCUUGCUUGCAGUCUUUUCAAGAUUGCACAAGAUAUCAGGUACCUCGGGUCUGGUCCGCGUUGCGGUCUGGGAGAAUUGGUCCUCCCCGAGAACGAGCCGGGAAGCAGUAUCAUGCCUGGAAAGGUCAACCCGACUCAAUGCGAGGCCCUUACCAUGGUUGCCGCCCAGGUCAUGGGGAAUCACACUGCCGCCACCAUUGGAGGCAUGAGUGGACAGUUUGAACUAAAUGUUUUCAAGCCUCUUUUGAUCCGAAACCUUCUGCACAGCAGCAGGAUCCUGUCUGAUGCGAUGAACAGUUUCGUGGAGCAUUUAGUGUUGGGCUUGAAUGCCGAUGAGAAGAGGAUCAGCACUCUUUUGCAUGAAAGUCUGAUGCUUGUCACCUGCCUGAACCCGGUCAUCGGUUAUGACAUGGCGUCCAAGGUUGCGAAGAACGCUCACAAGAAGGGCCUCACCCUGAAACAGUCAGCCAUGGAAUUGAAGGCUCUAUCGGAGGAGGAUUUCGACAAGUACGUCCGACCGGAACUGAUGUUGGCACCAAAGGAGAAGAAUUAG